GGGGCAGAUGGACGGGGCGCGGCGGGAUGAGCCCUGCCCUGAGCCUGCUUCUGUCCCUGGCCAGCUGCACCCUGCUCUGGGGCACCCCGUUGCCUCCGUGGGACGUGAGGCUGGAGGCACAAAACUUCCACGUCCGCCUGCGGUGGGAGCCGGACCCUGGCUCGCCCGGCGGUGCCGCAUACCAGGUGGAGUGGAGGAGACGGACCUCUCGCUGGACCAAGGCAGAUACCUGCUGGGGGAACAGCACCGGCUCCUCUUGGGCAUGUGAGCUGUAUUUUGACAAGAUCCACGAUAUCUACUGGGCAAGGGUGAGAGCGGUGGCCGGAGGCGAGCUGUCUGAGUGGGCCUAUUCCAGCGAGCUGCAGCCGUACAGAGACACAAUCGUGGGCCCCCCCAAGUUGUCCUGGCUGCUCCAGGGUCACAUCCUCAGCGUAAAUAUCAUCAUGCCGCUCACUCCCUACCAAAGCAAAAACGGCUCUUACAAGCCAGUCGACCAAGUGCUGCUGAAGCUGUGGUACCGACUGAACCUGUAUGAAGGGGACGUGCUUGUCCAGCAAGUGCCCUGCAAAUGGAGUGGGGAGGAAACGCCAUGCACCUUCAGGUACCUGAAGCCCAGCACGCAGUACUGCGUCCGGACGGCAGCCGUGGGCAUGGCCAGGGAGCAGAGCCGGGAAGCUGAGCAGUGCAUGGUGACUCCGGCAGGCCCCGCAGGCUUUCCCUGGGUCCUCCUCACUGUGCUGAGUGGCGUCUUCCUGCUGGUGAGCAUGGCCGGGCUCUGCUUCGUCCAGCUGCACAUCUUCCCCAGGCCCUCGGAGACGCGCCUCCCGAAAACGCUUGCUCUCCUGAACAGGGAGCUGAGUGCGACCAUCAGGGUGCCCACCCUUGAGCUCGAGGAGGACUCACUCGCCCUGCUCCUGCCGACUGUGCUCCCCUCCUGCGGGUCGCCUGCAGCCGAGCAGACAACACCCGCAGUCCAGCUGCUCCUCGGAGAAAGCCUUUCCCGGGACAUGAGUGGCUACUGUGCCAACGGGUUUGGGCCAGACUGCCAUGAGGGAAGGGACCCAUCCUGCACCCACAGCCAGCUGGGGCAUGCCUUGGGCUCCGGGGUCUCAUCGCAGCUGGAGGAGGAUGGGGAGGCGCGUGAUGGGGAUGAUGUGCUGGAGCAGCCGGUGCUGGUGGGACCGACCAGAGACAGCUAUACAGAUGACAGGGACUACCAGACAUCUGAGAUGUGGCUCUCCCUGCACCUCCAGCUUUAUUCUAAAUGCCAGUGCUCAGUCCUGGGAGCAGGCAGCUGCCCUCCUCUGCCCACACCGGGCAGGAGCUUCAGCCAGGAGGACCUGCGGGAGAGCCUUGGCAUGGCAGGGCACUGGGUACCGCUCAGCUCCGUGAAGCUGCCGGCCAGCGAGAAGGAGGAUGGAGGGCAGCUCGUCUGUGCUCUCCAGCCCCUGCAUGGCCAUGGGACUGAGCCACAGCCAGGUGACAGCACUGUGCAGCAGGGCGACCUGGAGCAGGCAGCACCGGGCGUCCCCCUCUCCAGCCCCUGCCAGCUGCCCCAGUUCCCCCCUGACGUCCCACGGGUGGCUGCCUUCUCCGGCUAUGAGCAGCGUCCCCCGGCUGAUGACCUUAUGACGACGGAUUUUAACCUGGCUGACGGUGCAGUUGGCUUCGUGACCGAUAGCAAGCCUCUAGCAGGACUCCAGUCAUCCAGGAACCUGAACCAGGCUCUGUCGGCACCGGGGGAAGGAGUGAGCAACGACCAGAAAGCAGCUCGUAGCAAGGGAAAUAAAAGCACUCUCCAGGAGGAUGUCCCCGACCGCUUGGUGAGUGGGGGUGCCUCUCUGGCCUAG